CCCUUCCAGUGCCAGCAGUGCGGCGCCUCCUUCACGCAGAAGGGGAACCUGCUGCGCCACAUCAAGCUGCACUCGGGGGAGAAGCCCUUCAAGUGCCCCUUCUGCUCCUACGCCUGCCGGCGCCGCGACGCCCUCAGCGGGCACCUGCGCACCCAUUCCGUCUCGUCCCCGACCGUGGGCAAGCCCUACAAGUGCAGCUCGUGCGGCCGCAGCUACAAGCAGCAGAGCAGCCUGGAGGAGCACCGGGAGCGCUGCCACGGCUUCCUGCAGAGGGAGAGCCCCGCGCAGACAGGAGAGGAAAUCCGGGAGCUGGAUAUGGUGCCCGAGGCGUUGCUGCACCCUGAGCGCCCCACCUUCAUCGAGCGACUGGCAGGGAGCUUCACCAAGAGGAAACGCUCCACGCCGCAGAAAUUUGUGGGCGAGAAGCAGAUGCGCUUCGCCCUCUCGGAGCUGCCCUUCGAUGUCAGCCCGGGCUUCGACAAGGACGUGGAGGUGGUUCCGGCCCGCGGGCACGCCCUGGAGCCGCCCUACGCCGGCCCGCUGUCCCUGCUGGGCGCCGGCGACCCGCUGCGCCCGCUCCGCCUGGCCACCAACUGCAUCACCGAGGUCACGCCGGUCAUCAGCUCCGUGUACACCCAGAUCCAGGCGCUGCCCGCCCGCCUCGAGCUGCCGCGGGGCCGCGACGCCUCCGAGGACGGCGCCGAGGGCAUCCCGGUGAUCUUCCGCAGCCGCGCCGCCGCCGGCGAUGCCGGGGCUUCGCCUUCCAACGGCUGCCAGGACUCCACGGACACCGAGAGCAUCCAGGAGGAGCGGGCGGGCGGCGGCAGCAGCCGGCACAGCCCCGCCUACGCCAAGGAGGAGCCCAAGGAGGAGCCGGACGGAGCGGCGCGCUGCUUCCCCAAGGAGUCCCUGAGGGUGCUCAACGAGGAGGGCGAGCAGCUGCGGGCCUUCUGCUGCGAGCACUGCCGCGUGCUCUUCCUGGACCACGUCAUGUUCACCAUCCACAUGGGCUGCCACGGCUUCAGGGACCCUUUCGAGUGCAACAUCUGCGGCUACCGCAGCCAGGACCGCUACGAGUUCUCCUCGCACAUCGUGCGCGGCGAGCACAAGAUAUGAGGUGGGGAAAACGCCCCCUUUCCUGCCUCCAGUUUCCUGAUUUCACCCCGAUUUUCCCCUCCUAAAUCGUGCGUGGUGAGCACAAGAUGUGAGGUGGGAAAAACGC